CCAUGAGUAACUAAAGCCACUAUCAUCUACCCGAUGCCUACAUAACAACAUGUUGACUGCACAGAAGGCAUGCAUAUCUUCACAACAAGACGUCUGCUGGGAGCGUCUGUAUCGUCGACUCUUGAUCCCCAGCGGCGCACAAGACAGUUCAGCACUGCUGUCCCACUCCGAGAUGAAGUGAGGAUCCAUGAGGCCUGGGCCGCUCUGGCCAAAAAGCAGCUGAAAGGCAAAAACCCAGAGGAUCUGAUCUGGAAGACCCCUGAAGGAAUCUCUAUUAAACCUGUAUACACUCAGACGGACACUGCCGCGGCUCCUGAUGAGCUGCCUGGAGUCUUUCCCUUCACCCGGGGGCCAUAUCCCACCAUGUACACCUACAGACCCUGGACUAUCAGGCAAUAUGCUGGAUUCAGCACUGUGGAAGAAAGCAACAAGUUUUACAGGGAUAAUAUUAAAGCGGGCCAGCAGGGUCUGUCUGUGGCCUUUGACCUCGCGACGCACAGAGGUUACGACUCUGACAAUCCCAGAGUUCAUGGUGAUGUGGGUAUGGCAGGUGUUGCCAUCGACACCGUAGAGGACACCAAACUUCUGUUCGACGGCAUCCCACUGGAGAAGAUGUCGGUAUCAAUGACAAUGAACGGAGCCGUCAUUCCCAUUCUAGCCAUGUUCAUUGUGACCGGAGAAGAGCAAGGUGUGCCGAAGGAGAAGUUGACGGGCACCAUCCAGAACGACAUCCUCAAAGAGUUCAUGGUGCGAAACACAUACAUCUUCCCUCCAGAGCCCUCAAUGCACGCCAUCGCAGAUAUCUUCGCCUACACUUCAAAGAAUAUGCCCAAAUUUAAUUCUAUUUCCAUCAGUGGAUACCACAUACAGGAAGCUGGUGCUGAUGCCAUCCUGGAGUUGGCUUACACUAUUGCCAAUGGACUGGAGUACUGUAGGACUGGACUAAAGGCUGGACUCACCAUUGAUGAAUUCGCUCCCAGAUUGUCUUUCUUCUGGGGCAUCGGGAUGAACUUUUAUAUGGAAAUAGCAAAGCUGAGAGCAGCACGACGUCUGUGGGCGACACUCAUCAAAGAAAAGUUUCAGCCUAAGAACUCCAAAUCCCUCCUGCUGAGAACUCACUGUCAGACAUCUGGAUGGUCCCUCACUGAGCAGGACCCUUACAACAAUGUGAUCCGUACCGUAAUCGAGGCCAUGGCUGCUGUGUUUGGAGGUACUCAGUCUCUGCACACCAACUCUUUUGACGAAGCUCUGGGUUUGCCCACGGUCAAGAGUGCUCGAAUUGCCCGCAAUACACAGAUCAUCAUCCAGGAGGAGUCGGGCAUCCCGAAAGUGGCUGAUCCGUGGGGUGGAUCCUACAUGAUGGAGGCCCUCACCAAUGAUGUCUACAACUCGGCCCUCAAGUUUAUCACAGAGAUUGAGGACAUGGGAGGUAUGGCUCGUGCUGUAGCUGAAGGCAUUCCCAAACUGCGCAUCGAGGAGUGUGCUGCCAGAAGACAAGCACGCAUUGAUUCAGGCUCUGAGGUCAUAGUGGGGGUCAACAAAUACCGCCUGGAGAAGGAAGAAUCUGUCGACGUGCUUGCCAUCGACAACACAGCUGUGCGUAACAAGCAGAUUGAAAAGCUGCAGAAGGUCAGAGAGAGCAGGGAUGCAGAGGCAGCAAAGAGAUGUUUGGCCGCGAUUGAACAAUGUGCACGAACCAGAGAUGGAAAUCUGCUUGAACUCGCUGUGGAGGCUGCGAGAGCACGGUGCUCGGUGGGAGAGAUCACAGAUGCCAUGAAAUCAGUUUUCGGGGAGCACAAGGCCAGCACUCGCAUGGUGAGCGGAGCGUAUCGCAGCGAGUUCGGCGAGCACGAGGAGAUAGCGCUGGCGCAUAACAGAGUUGUAACGUUUAAAAAUCAUGAAGGCAGAAAUCCUCGUCUGCUAGUGGCCAAAAUGGGACAGGAUGGUCACGAUAGAGGGGCAAAGGUGAUUGCCACUGGAUUUGCAGAUCUUGGGUUUGAUGUGGAUGUCGGCCCGCUUUUCCAGACCCCGCUAGAGGUGGCCCAACAGGCGGUGGACGCAGACGUGCACUGUGUAGGGGUCAGCACACUGGCAGCUGGACACAAGACCCUAGUGCCCGAGCUCAUCAAAGAGCUGCGUAACCUGAACCGGCCCGAUAUCAUGGUGAUCUGCGGAGGGGUCAUACCACCACAGGACUAUGAGUUCCUCUAUGCGAGUGGUGUCAGCUGUAUCUUCGGCCCCGGGACCAGGAUUCCAAAAGCAGCAGUGGAGGUUCUUGACAGCAUUGAAAAGAGCCUUGAGAAGAACCGGCAGGCCAUGUAACCACAGAACAGUCAGAUUUUAUUGUGCACACAUUGACAUCUCUAAAUGGAUAGAUCACACAAAACAUUUUUCUCACGAUCAGGUGGCUCCAAACCUAUGAGUUUCUGUCUUCUGUUAAAACAAAAGAAGGUAUUUUGAAGAAUGCUGAAAGCCAUUGACUUCCAUAGUAGGAAAAACCAACACUAUUGAAGUCAAUGGUUACAUGUUUCCAGCUUUCUUCAAAAUAUCUUCUUAUGUGUUCAGCAGAAGAAGGUUAGAAAUGAGUAGAGUGAAUAAAUGAUGAAAGAGUUACAUUUUUUGUGUGAACUAUCCCUUUAAGCUCCUCACAAGACAGCAUUCUCAGUAUAUUAAUGACCUAGAAUAAUUACAAAAGCAUUUGAUAUUCAAAUCUAUGAUGUGAAAUAAUCAGCCCGUGUGAAAAUGUGCAAAAGCAGUCAUUUGUUUUUGUUUCAAAUAUGUAUAGUUUGACAUAAUGCAUUAAAAUCAAUGGUUACCAGCAUUUUUUUA